CCGGGAGCCCCGGGCCGGGGGCUGCGUCCGCGUCUCGCCUGAGGCAUUAAAUGGCGUCUUCCCCCUCGCAGAAGCCGAUCCUGCUGCAGGGCCAUGAGCGCUCCAUCACGCAGAUCAAGUACAACCGGGAGGGAGACCUGCUUUUCACCGUGGCCAAGGAUCCCAUUGUCAAUGUUUGGUAUUCGGUGAAUGGAGAGAGGCUCGGGCCCUACAAUGGCCACACAGGAGCUGUCUGGUGCGUGGAUGCAGACUGGGACACACGACAUGUGCUCACCGGCUCUGCAGAUAACAGCUGUCGGCUCUGGGACUGUGAAACGGGAAAGCAGCUCGCUCUGGUGAAGACCAGCUCAGCGGUGAGGACGUGUGGCUUCGACUUUGGAGGAAACAUCAUCAUGUUUUCCACGGACAAGCAGAUGGGAUAUCAGUGUUUUGUGAGCUUCUUUGACCUCCGGGACCCCAGCCAGAUUGAGAACAACGAGCCUUACAUGAAAAUCCCCUGCAGUGACUCUAAAAUCACUAGUGCUGUGUGGGGCCCUCUGGGAGAGUUCAUCAUUGCAGGACAUGAGAGCGGAGAGCUGAACCAGUUCAGUGCCAAGUCAGGGGAGCAGCUUUCAAACAUCAAGGAGCACACCAAGCAAAUCAACGAUAUUCAGACUUCCAGGGACAUGACCAUGUUCAUCACUGCCUCCAAGGACAACACAGCCAAGCUAUUCGAUUGCACGACACUUCAGCAUUUGAAGACAUUCCGGACGGAGCGACCAGUGAACUCCGCCGCGCUGUCCCCCAUUUUUGAUCAUGUCGUGCUUGGUGGCGGGCAAGAGGCCAUGGAUGUGACUACGACCUCCACCAGGAUUGGCAAAUUUGAGGCGAGGUUCUUCCACUUGGCUUUUGAAGAAGAGUUUGGCAGAGUGAAGGGUCACUUCGGUCCGAUAAAUAGUGUUGCUUUUCACCCCGAUGGGAAGAGUUACAGCAGCGGGGGUGAGGAUGGCUACGUUCGCAUCCAUUACUUCGAUCCCCAGUACUUUGAGUUUGAAUUUGAAGCUUAAAGGAGG